CCUGUGGUGACCCUCUCCCGUCCAGGUGGUCCACCGGACGGAGCUGAGUCUCCCGCUCAGCCCAGCGGAGCUGUCAUGCUGCCCAAAGCCGACACGGAAUCUCUGGGACUCGUUCGAUCGCAUGGAGAACAGGGGCACAUGCAAAGGAAUAUGCAAGGUAAGAGAUUGAGACCGAUUUACGCAAUAUUGUAGAUCGCAUGUCCCUUGUGCCUUAUCACAAGCGCGAAUCGUGUCAUUUGUGCACAAUAACAGGCGAAAGACCUGGUAGUGUUAGACAGAAAGAGACAACAAACUCGUCUUGCCUCUCGCGCUUAUUCUGUUUUCAAGUUGACAUAGUUCACGUAUUUGCUGACAAUAUUAGGGUCUAUGCAGGGACGGUCAAGAUGUUGCACUUGCGAAUUCGCCCUACCCAAAUUCGAUCCGAAGGAUCAGCGUUGCUAUCACCGACUUUCUCCAAAUAGUGCAUGCCAAAUGAUUGCAUUGUGCACUCUAUUAAUUCAUUAAAAUCCCAAUUCACUUAGUCAGAUAUCAUUCGGUUUAAUUAAUAGUUUUUUAUUCCGCCAUAUUACGAAAUUAAAGGCCACAGUUUAUCUAUCAUAUAGCCAAAGUCAUCUGAUGGUAUUUUACUAGGCUAAUGAGUAAACCAUCCGAAAGCUCACCCGAUAUCUACCAUUUGCGUAAUAUGCAUGAUCUGAUUCGCCAGCAGUUGUUGAAACCUGAAAAAUGUGAAUUCCCAAAAUGUCACUAACUCUGGGCUAUUAUCUUUAAACCUCGAUUUCACCACCAUGCAAAAUUAUGUCAGUGAUAUUAAAAUAACUGUUUUAUUUUGGAUAAAAUAUUUUAUUUAACGUCACGUUUUUGUCAAAAGUUGAAAGUUGAUAUAAAAAAGGGUGAUACAUGUAGAACCUUUACUCCAGAAUGCAAAUGAAAGCGUGUAAAUCAGAUAGCUUACUAUUUGUGUCAGAGUAGGAAUAGUCCUAAAACAAAAAUGUUUUUCUGGCAAAAGUAGGCCUAUGUAAUUAUUGAAAAAUACCCAGUUGGGUUAGAUACAUUUUACUUGGAUACAUUUUUGUUCAGUUUACAAAUUGUCACCUAUAACCGGUUGUUGCAAUUUAGUUUUGGUGUUACUUCUCAUAAUGCUAGACUAGUGCUUGCUUGAAUUUCCCAAAGUUUGAUAAGCUAUGGAAAUAUAAUAUCUCUUUUCGAUGAGAAUUUGAGGCCUAUCGAAUUAAUAUCUGUAAAUCCCUUUCAUUUUGCCAAUUACAUAUUUCAAUUUUAUUUAAAAUCAAGUCUCAUGUGGUUUUGAUAAAAAAAACAUCUGAUAAUGGAACACAACCCUCAAGGCAUGAGGGCUAGAAUUUCUAUCUGAUAUUCUGCUAGAUUUUGCACGGGUAGUUUCUCUGUGUGAGUGCACAAGCAAAUGCCUCUCUCCAAUUCAUUUAAACAUAUAUUUAAAAAUAUCAACAUUUUAACUGGAUAUAGUUUUGAGGCUGCACGUGCUUAAGAAACCCGAGGUAAGAUUCGAUAGCUUAGGUGUAUCCUUAGGUUACAGAAAAGCUGUCUGAACUUGGCAAAAAUCCGAACGGCUCAGAGUUGGCAAACAACUUGGGCUAUCCAUGGGUUCUGCUCUCCUGUCAUGAAAAUACGAGGCCUGACAAUUUCAUAUCUAAGGGAAUUUUCGUGCAGGCAGAUAUGUUUGUAAUAUAGUAAGUAAUAGGUUACAUUAUCAGUUAAUGCUCUAAUAACAGUAAAAAAAAAAAAAAGUGCACUGCAGAACUACAAAACACAAGAGGACUUUUUGCCUUUCAACUUAAUAUUCAGCGCUUAUAAACGCUGAGAGAUCAAAGGGUCAAUGGAGAAAAAAUUCAGCAGGCACAGGCAGAAAGAUGCGAUUGCAAUUGAAAGUUUGCCUACAUUAUUUUAUAUAGAAAAUAAGACUAAUAUCCGCAAAAUAAUUUAUUUUUGGAAUUCAUUGAGAUUUUUCUGUUUGAUGUUUGCCACUUUUUAUAAGAACAAUAAAUCAUUUUGUAACCAUUGUAAAUGUCAGUCAAGCUGUUUGCUUAGCACUGUCAUAUAUCCGCUCAUCAAUGCAACUAUUGGCUUCAGUAUUCAUGCGCGUAAAAUGUAGGCUAAGCAGGGGCUUAUGGAAAGUCAAUACAAAUGUAGGCCUAUACAUACAGAUAGGAACAAUAGCGAUUCAAUGAGAGCAUUUGUAAGUUCAAUUUCAGAAUCAGUUUUGUAUUUUUAUUUCGCCUGUUAGAGGGAAAGGUUACACUGUAUGUCUUCAUUUGUCUGUGGGCGGUAACAUUUUCUCCUCGAAUCCCUAACUCUAUUUUACCAUUUCCCGGAUGAAUUCACAACUUAAAAUCAUGAAUAUUUAUGAAGCUCAGUUUCAUAUAUUUGCCCUGUCUGCGACUGGCGAGCAAGAGUGAGUGCUGCAAAGAGGGAUACAUAGGUAUAUUUUCUUUCAGCUCCAUUAAAUAACAUUAUUCCUUCAAAAAUGACUGUUUUGUCAAAUGUCCUUUUUGAUAAAGCUUUAAAAUUAAAAUUAAAAUUAUAUUCGACAUUUUAUGGAUGUCAAAAAAUAUUCCAUAACCUAAGGUCAUUGUAAAGUUAUUCAGAUGUAUACGUUAAAGAUGACUGCAUUAGGCAGAGAUGGCAUUUCAAAAUAAACAGUCUUCUUUGUGUGCUCAUGUGUGUAUUUUGUCUAUUGCAGCCCCACACUAUAAAAUGAUGGACUACUCUUAUGACGAAGACUUGGAUGAGAUGUGUCCUGUUUGUGGCGACAAGGUUUCUGGAUACCAUUAUGGGCUACUCACCUGCGAAAGCUGCAAGGUUUGUUCUUAUUUUUUCCUACCCCUUUUCUACCCUUUCAUCAGAUUGUCUAUCUGUGAUUCUCUUGAACAUAGCCUAUAAGCAGCUAACUUCUACAUUUGUUUGCUUUAUGAAGUUUCAAGUAGCCUAUUUUUUUUUAUUUUUUUUAUUUUUUAAAUCUCUAAACGUCAAUUUGUGUAUAGCUAGCCAUUCUGUAUAUGCGGUACAUAUUUCUUCCUAUGCUGACAUUAUUUAAAACAGGUGUUAUAGAUUUUAGCCGUUUUCUGACCUUGAGAUGUUACAUGUUUGCUUUGAGGAUACCUUCCGUAGCAACAUUGCUUCAAAUGAGAUCUCAAAUGAGUGUCUUCAGCGAAAUCAUCUUGUAUUUGCGAUAAGCUGUGGCAAAUGUUCCACCAGCACAGUUCUAAAUGGGAUCUGUGUUUCAGGAACAGAUUUGGGGUGUAAUUUGUGUACUAUGUAGUUAUUUCAACGGAAGCUGUGUUUUGGACUGGAAAAAGAUUGGGUUUGGAGCGUUUUUAUCGUUUCUCGCCAGUCUACCACACUGCCGUGGGUCUGAGAUGGGUGGUAUCAGGACUCAAUGUCUAAACGCACACAAAGUAAUACAGUGUUAGUCUGCUUUAAACCUGUACAGACACGCACACACACGCGCACACACACAUACAUAGGCACAUGCAAGCGGACACAAACAUACACACACACACACACACGCAGGCAAGCAGAAUGGAUGCACACAUGCACGUGCACACACACGCACACACAAUCACAGACUUGAAAAUGAGUGCAAUAAAUUUAAACUGGUCUGCAUUAGUCUCUUCCCAUAACCGCUGUUAGACACAGAAACUGUGGGAAAAGUCUAGCUUUGGAUAAAGACACAGAUACAGUGUACAGACACACAAAUACAUCAUAGGCCACAUACUGUAGGCCUACACAAAACACAAAUGAGAAGUUGGGACACCCUGGACACUGAAGUGAUAUCUUGCGGUUUUACGCAAAUUGAGUUGUUGGUAUCCACGCUCUGUUUGGGGCCUUACGUGUUUAUAGAACGCGCAUAUACUCAAUGGAAAAUUGGGAAAAACUAAAUCAAAAUUACAUUGAUGCGUGUUUGUCUGGCUGAAGUCAGUAGACUGUCUGUCCACUGUAUCUAAUUUCUGGUCUAGUGCGGUUUUAUUUUUAUGUCACGAGACUGCAUCAAGCAAUGCAGAUUGUACAUUAAUUCUAUGUUUGGAAUUUGGUGAAAUAUUGAUCGUUUUACUUUUAAAUGGGCAGGUUUAGGGGAUUCUCCUGCUGGUAUGGAUCGGGAAUACGUUAAUACCUUUUUCCCAUUAGAUUUUUCCUGCUGCUGCUGAAAAUUAAUUCAAUGGUGCAAGUAGAACGGUGUAAUCCCGGAUCUGUAAAUUAUGGAUAUAAUUUAUUGGAUUUUUUACUCUAACGCUCAUAUUUUUAAAUAAUUGAGUUGAGAGAUAGAUAGAGGAGAUUUACAAGUAAAUUCUGAAGUCUUCAUAGGUAGUGUAAGUAUGAAUACCAAUGUAUAGUAGUUCUUAAAGUAUUAUAUGGCUGGAAUUGCAACAGGUUGCUUCAUGAAAAUACUGAUCACAUAUCUGAUUAUGUUACUCAUAAUAUUGUAAUAACACUCUAUGUUUAAACUCAUAAUGAGAACAGAAGUAUAUUCUAUACUUUUCAUCAAACACUAAUUCAAGUAUAAGUAACAUGGCAAUCAUAUUCAUGCAUCUGUCUCAAGACUUACCCGAAGUACAUAUUUAUGUAUGGGGAAAAUUAUUGCUUUCAUGUGGGUAAAAAUUCAGCAUUAACACUGAAAAUCAGUAGGGUGAUGUUAGCAUGUUAAUCGCAUAAGAAUAAUAAUUAGUAUGUGCUAUACCAAGUAGGCUAUAUCAGAUUUAGGGUUUUCUGCUUUGUUAGGGUUUUAAGCUUUCUUCAGUGUAAACAUUUGAUAUCAGCAUUUUCACUAUUCAGUUCAGUUUAAUUGAGUACCAGACAUUGAACUGUGAAGCCCAAUUCUCAUAUCAUUGUCAUGAACAGGAGCUGGUGUCAAGAAAUGUUGUAUUUGUGUGUGUGUGCCCUCAAGUCUGUUUGGGAUAAUUUAUGUGUAUUUAUGGCUGGAAUUAUGUGUAUAAAUAGUCAGUUUAUCAUGCACACACAAUUAUAUUUGUUUUGUGUGAAUAUAGUUUUGGUUGUGUUUUCUGUGCCUCCUUUCUGUGAUUCCUUUAGUGUUCAUACCACUGUGUAUAUGCCUGUGCCUGUGAUUGCUUCCCAUUGUAUGCCUGCGUGUGUGUGCGGCACGCUCUAGUAUGUGUGUGUGUGAAUAGAGCAAUUACAAACGUUGGGGUCAUAAGUGUUGACAUCUUAGUUCUUGCCUCUCCACAGGGCUUCUUCAAGCGCACGGUUCAGAACAACAAGCGGUACACAUGUAUAGAGAACCAGAGUUGCGCCAUCGACAAGACACAAAGAAAACGCUGCCCUUACUGCCGCUUCCAGAAGUGCCUCACCGUCGGUAUGAAGCUGGAAGGUAAGGACAGCUCUUGUUAAUAAGAUUAUAAAACAAUAAGACAAGGUCAUAGUAUAGGACAACUAAAUUAGGGUCAGGGUUUGACUUACGUUGGUGCAUGACAGACUUGUGUUCAAGUAGUAUUUGUUUCUCUUUCAAAAACUUUGAGGGUUUUGAUAAAAUUUUGCAGAGUGCCAGAUGUUCGGGUUUUGCACUUUUGGGACUACUCCAUUGGUUCCAUUGCGCCAGGCGAGUUCAGUCACACCCAGCUAAAGUAUUUGAAAGAAAACUAAUACUAUUUGAGCCCAGAGUCUGGUGCACAGACCACGCUUCUUGGAGUGGGAAUUUAGCAUGGGCACCCAAAUAAUCAGUAAAGAUGUGGAAAUUCUCCAGUCCACUAUCUUUGGCUCCCUAGAGUUAAUUGGAACGCUACAGCCCUAUUCAAACAAAACUGUUAUGUGGAAGUUUUGGGGCAAAGGAAAAACAAACACGUUUGAAUGUGUAUCUCCUAUGGUUUUCAAAGGUUUCUACUGUUGUUGUAUAGAAAUAGAUUGAGGUAGAAGUUGCCCUAAACCACAGAUCACGGAUGAGAUACUCCUACCCCAAUCCUAACUUUUACCAGGUUAGGAUUAGGGGGAUGAACAAAUAUCUGACCCUGUAUCAGUGAUGAGGGCCAAAUUCGACCUACUCUGUAGAGAUAAUCCAAACAUGUCCUGCAGGUACACAGAGGGGCGAGAAGUGAAAAGCAACAUUGUCUUGUCUUACCCCUGACACUGUUAUCUACCUUUAUUUUGCUUGGGCCCUCAGUCUUUAGCCUAAACCUUUCCUUGUUGAAUCACCACCUUCAUAAAACCAUCCCAUAUUCGUGUGUACCUUUAAGCAUUUUUAAGAUAGCAGUUCUUUUUUUGGAGUCUUUUCCUCUUAGCCCGCAGGAGUGUGGUUUUAAUUACUAUUAAUUGUGAAUGGCCGCGGGGCAGAAUUUCCACGCCUGUCAUUUUACAGCUUACUACGGCGUGAUUUGUUUUCAUACGGUAGCAGCUGGGCGGAGGGGCCCUGCAGCGCUCUGUCUACUCCAGCCCAGGGGCAGAGCCGGGCAGGCAGGCGGGUGGACAGGCAGGGAGGCAGUGUGGAGAGUUGCCACAACCUGUAAAGAGCACAGAGCUAGAAACCUGAUCUUCCAGACACAGCUUUCCAGUAAACACAUAAAUAUAUUAUAAAUAUAUUCAGAUGGACCAAAAAAAGGUGUUUACAGCUAGACCCAUUCAGUCCUUAAUUUUGGGCUGAUAAAAAAUAAAAAAUAAAAUGUCGAAUUGCAGUUAAAUCCAUUUUUAAAAGGUAGGAUAAUUUUUGGGUUUGUUUGUUUUGCUUGUCGGAAGUUGUUCCUGUUUACCGAUAAGUCAAUAGACCUAGUCGAUAUCCAGUACAGUGUUGGGCUGGGGCUGUAAAUAGAGGUGAAAAUACAGGCAGUCAUAUCUGAGUGACACAGACAGUAUCCUGAGUCUGACAUGUCUGCCAUAGAGAGAUUCAGUCCCUGUUAUCUGGACUGAUAAAAGCAUGGCGACGCCUAUCUAUCCUGGAGGAAAAGGAGUCUAAAACAUAAUGCCGCCGUGAGAUAUCCUUUUGUUGUAUAUUUAUGUCCAUGAUAGAUGGUUUACCUUUGGCCUAAUGUGCGGUCAGGGCUCAUGAUCUGAUUUCAGAUUCACUUUUCCUGUUGUUGUGUCUUUCCUGUUUAGUGUGAAUGGGCAAUGUACAGAUUACACUCUUAUUUUCCCUUGAAAAAGUGCAUUGGCACAGGUAUUUUGACAUUGAUGAGUGUUAAAAUGAGUUAACAUGUUUUAAAACAUAUUAGUGUUAAAAUGUACCAUACUUACUAAAAUCAGAAAUUCAUCUAAUUUGGAUCAAUUACUUUGUUAAGUAUGGUGGGAAUUGUUAAUUCUUGUUUUAUUUCCCAACGCUAAAUUGUCAGUAAAUACAGUUGAAGUCGGAAGUUUACAUACACCUUAGCCAAAUACAUUUAAACUCAGUUUUUCACAAUUCCUGACAUUUAAUCCUAGUAAAAAUUCCCUGUCUUAGGUCAGUUAGGAUCACCACUUCAUUUUAAGAAUGUGAAAUGUCAGAAUAAUAGUGGAAAGAAUUAUUAAUUUAAGCUUUUAUUUCUUUCAUCACAUUCCCAGUGGGUCAGAAGUUUACAUGCACUCAAUUAGUAUUUGGUAGCAUUGCCUUUAAAUUGUUUAACUUGGGUCAAACGUUUCGGGUAGCCUUCAACAAGCUUCCCACAAUAAGUUGGGUGAAUUUUGGCCCAUUCCUCCUGACAGAGCUGGUGUAACUGGGUCAGGGCUUUGUGAUGGCCACUCCAAUACCUUGACUUUGUUGUCCUUAAGCCAUUUUGCCACAACUUUGGAAGUAUGCUUGGGGUUGAUUUGGAAGACCCAUCUGCGACCAAGCUUUAACUUCCUGACUGAUGUCUUGAGAUGUUGCUUCAAUAUAUCCACAUAAUUUUCCUUCCUCAUGAUGCCAUCUAUUUUGUGAAGUGCACCAGUCCCUCCUGCAGCAAAGCACCCCCACAGCAUGAUGCUGCCACCCCUGUGCGUCACGGUUGGGAUGGUGUUCUUUGGCUUGCAAGCAACCCCCUUUUUCCUCCAAAUAUAACGAUGGUCAUCAUGGCCAAACAGUUCUAUUUUUGUUUCAUCAGACCAGAGGACAUUUCUCCAAAAAGUACGAUCUUUGUCCCCAUGUGCAGUUGCAAACCGUAGUCUGGCUUUUUUAUGGCGGUUUUGGAGCAGUGGCUUCUUCCUUGCUGAGCGGCCUUUCAGGUUAUGUCGAUAUUGGACUCGUUUUACUGUGAAUAUAGAUACUUUUGUACCUGUUUCCUCCAGCAUCUUCACAAGGUCAGAAGUUCUGGGAUUGAUUUGCACUUUUCGCACCAAAGUACGUUAAUCUCUAGGAGACAGAACGCGUCUCCUUCCUGAGCAGUAUGACGGCUGCGUGGUCCCAUGGUGUUUAUACUUGCGUACUAUUGUUUGUACAGAUGAAUGUGGUACGUUCAGGCGUUUGGAAAUUGCUCCCAAGGAUGAAUCAGACUUGUGGAGGUCUACAUUUUAUUUUAUCAGUCUAUCAUUUUAAUGGUAGGUUUAUUUGAACAGUGAGAGACAGAAUAAUAACAAAAUAAUCCAGAAAAACACAUGUCAAAAAUGUUAUAAAUUGAUUUGCAUUUUAAUGAGGGAAAUAAAUAUUUGACCCCUCUGCAAAACAUGACUUAGUACUUGGUGGCAAAACCCUUGCUGGCAAUCACAGAGGUCAGACGUUUCUUGUAGUUGGCCACCAGUUUUGCACACAUCUCAGGAGGGAUUUUGUCCCACUCCUCUUUGCAGAUCUUCUCCAAGUCAUUAAGGUUUCGAGGCGGAUGUUUGGCAACUCGAACCUUCAGCUCCCUCCACAGAUUUUCUAUAGGAUUAAGGUCUGAAGACUGGCUAGGCCACUCCAGGACCUUAAUGUGCUUCUUCUUGAGCCACUCCUUUGUUGCCUUGGCCGUGUGUUUUGGGUCAUUGUCAUGCUGGAAUACCCAUCCACGACCCAUUUUCAAUGCCCUGGCUGAGGGAAGGAGGUUCUCACCCAAGAUUUGACAGUACACGGCCCCGUCCAUCGUCCCUUUGAUGCGGUGAAGUUGUCCUGUCCCCUUAGCAGAAAAGCACCCCCAAAGCAUAAUGUUUCCACCUCCAUGUUUGACGGUGGGGAUGGUGUUCUUGGGGUCAUAGGCAGCAUUCCUCCUCCUCCAAACACGACGAGUUGAGUUGAUGCCAAAGAGCUCGAUUUUGGUCUCAUCUGACCACAGCACUUUCACCCAGUUCUCAUUCAGAUGUUAAUUGGCAAACUUCAGACGGGCCUGUAUACGUGCUUUCUUGAGCAGGCGGACCUUGUGGGCGCUGCAUGAUUUCAGUCCUUCACGGCGUAGUGUGUUACCAAUUGUUUUCUUGGUGACUAUGGUCCCAGCUGCCUUGAGAUCAUUGACAAGAUCCUCCCGUGUAGUUCUGGGCUGAUUCCUCACCGUUCUCAUGAUCAUUGCAACUCCACGAGGUGAGAUCUUGCAUGGAGCCCCAGGCCGAGGGAGAUUGACAGUUAUUUUGUGUUUCUUCCAUUUGCAAAUAAUCGCACCAAUUGUUGUCACCUUCUCACCAAGCUGCUUGGCGAUGGUCUUGUAGCCCAUUCCAGCCUUGUGUAGGUCUACAAUCUUGUCCCUGACAUCCUUGUAGAGCUCUUUGGUCUUGGCCAUGGUGGAGAGUUUGGAAUCUGAUUGAUUGAUUGCUUCUGUGGACAGGUGUCUUUUAUAUAGGUAACAAACUGAGAUUAGGAGCACUCCUUUUAAGAGUGUGCUCCUAAUCUCAGCUCUUUACCUGUAUAAAAGACACCUGGGAGCCAGAAAUCUUUCUGAUUGAGAGGGGGUCAAAUACUUAUUUCCCUCAUUAAAAUGCAAAUCAAUUUAUAACAUUUUUGACAUGCGUUUUUCUGGAUUUUUUUGUUGUUGUUAUUCUGUGUCUCACUGUUCAAAUAAACCUACCAUUAAAAUUAUAGACUGAUCAUUUCUUUGUCAGUGGGCAAACGUACAAAAUCAGCAGGGGAUCAAAUACUUUUUUCCUUCACUGUAUACUUUAUAGUAAGUACUGUUCAGUCAUUUAAACAAAACAUAUUAUCCCAUUUAGAUUCUCACUGUAACAUGCAAUAUCGCUGUUAAGGAAAAACAUAACUUUUUUCUGCAGUGCAGGUUUGAUUGAACCCUUGCCAAAUCCUAAUAUUUCCACAUAGAUAAACGGAAUUGUCUCCCGUGUGUUUGUGUUUUCCCGCCGCUCUCCUUUUUUUCCUCCUCCCUUUCUCCCUGCCCUGUCUUGUUUCCCUUUCUACCUGGACGGAACGGAAGCCAGUCUCCUGUCCCAUUACUUAUGCAUAGGUAUCAUAGGUAUUCAUGUGUGUGCGUGGGGUAGCGCGCAUCCAGAGUGGGGACCGGGCAGACAUGACAAACAGGGUGUCAGAACCCGGCCAGGGGAACCAUUAAUAUGCUGCUGCCCGACAGGGAUCCACACCUACGCUCACUUAAUAUUCCUGUAUAUUAAACACUCAUAAAUCAGACCAUAAGCAGAGCCCUUUGUGCCGCAGCGGGCCGGGCCCGGGAUGGAGUGUAGAGUGUGUGUGUGUGUGUUUGUACCUCAGCCCCAGCCUUAUACUAUAAUCCUAUACUCUUAACUUAUACCACAGCCCCUGCUCCAGCCCUAUACCUCAGCUCCUGCCUUAUACAGUACAGUAUGCUCCCCAGUAUCAAACCCCAAUCCCAACCCCAGCUAGCCCUAAACCCCAAUCCCCCAGCUAAGGCCCCAUCCCUGAGCCCCAUCCCAGAUUAAUCUGUACAACAUGCAUGUAAAUAACCUGUACAACAUGCAUGUAAAUAAUAAAAAAAACUGCUAUCAAAAAUGCUCCAGUAUUCAUGAUGUGAGUCCCAGGUUCAGACCUAAUUGUGUUUUCCCAAAAGGGCCGACUAUUAAUUUUCAGCUCAUUAAUUACCCUGUUGCUCUGAGUCAUUAAUGGUUAAAGUCGCUACAAUAAUGUAUAAUGGAUACACGGGAUCCACGUUCCAAAUGUUUUCCUUUAUAGUGCACUACUUUUGACCAGGGCCCAUAGUGCACUAUAUACAGUGGGGAAAAAAGUAUUUAGUCAGCCACCAAUUGUGCAAGUUCUCCCACUUAAAAAGAUGAGAGAGGCCUGUCAUUUUCAUCAUAGGUACACGUCAACUAUGACAGACAAAUUGAGAAAAAAUAAUCCAGAAAAUCACAUUGUAGGAUUUUUAAUGAAUUUAUUUGCAAAUUAUGGUGGAAAAUAAGUAUUUGGUCACUUACAAAAAAGCAGGAUUUCUGGCUCUCACAGACCUGUAACUUCUUCUUUAAGAGGCUCCUCUGUCCUCCACUCGUUACCUGUAUUAAUGGCACCUGUUUGAACUUGUUAUCAGUAUAAAAGACACCUGUCCACAACCUCAAAAAGUCACACUCCAAACUCCACUAUGGUCAAGACCAAAGAGCUGUCAAAGGACACCAGAAACUAAAUUGUAGACCUGCACCAGGCUGGGAAGACUGAAUCUGCAAUAGGUAAGCAGCUUGGUUUGAAGAAAUCAACUGUGGGAGCAAUUAUUAGGAAAUGGAAGACAUACAAGACCACUGAUAAUCUCCCUCGAUCUGGGGCUCCACGCAAGAUCUCACCCCGUGGGGUCAAAAUGAUCACAAGAACGGUGAGCAAAAAUCCCAGAACCACACGGGGGGACCUAGUGAAUGACCUGCAGAGAGCUGGGACCAAAGUAACAAAGCCUACCAUCAGUAACACACUACUCCGCCAGGGACUCAAAUCCUGCAUUGCCAGACGUGUCCCCCUGCUUAAGCCAGUACAUGUCCAGGCCCGUCUGAAGUUUGGGAGAAUGUCAUAUGGUCAGAUGAAACCAAAAUAUAACUUUUUGGUAAAAACUCAACUCAUCGUGUUUGGAGGACAAAGAAUGCUGAGUUGCAUCCAAAGAACACCAUACCUACUGUGAAGCAUGGGGGUGGAAUCUUCAUGCUUUGGGGCUGUUUUUCUGCAAAGGGACCAGGACGACUGAUCCGUGUAAAGGAAAGAAUGAAUGGGGCCAUGUAUCGUGAGAUUUUGAGUGAAAACCUCCUUCCAUCAGCAAGGGCAUUGAAGAUGAAACGUGGCUGGGUCUUUUAGCAUGACAAUGAUCCCAAACACACCUCCCGGGAAACGAAGGAGUGGCUUCGUAAGAAGCAUUUCAAGGUCCUGGAGUGGCCUAGCCAGUCUCCAGAUCUCAACCCCAUAGAAAAUCUUUGGAGGGAGUUGAAAGUCCGUGUUGCCCAGCGACAGCCCCAAAACAUCACUGCUCUAGAGGAGAUCUGCAUGGAGGAAUGGGCCAAAAUACCAGCACCAGUGUGUGAAAACCUUGUGAAGACUUACGGAAAACGUUUGACCUGUGUCAUUGCCAACAAGGGGUAUAUAACAAAGUAUUGAGAAACUUUUGUUAUUGACCAAAUACUUAUUUUCCACCAUAAUUUGCAAAUAAAUUCAUAAAAAAUCCUACAAUGUGAUUUUCUGGAAUUUUUUUUCUCAUUUUGUCUGUCAUAGUUGACAUGUACCUAUGAUGAAAAUUACAGGCCUCUCUCAUCUUUUUAAGUGGGAGAACUUGCACAAUUGGUGGCUGACUAAAUACUUUUUUUCCCCACUGUACAGUAUAUAUAUAUUUUUUGUGUGUCACUUAGCCAGGCUCUUCUUCUAGGUGCCACUGUCUGCGGACCCUCUGUGCUCCCCUUACCUCUCUCUCUGAUCAGUGCUGCGUCAGUGUGUGAUACCCUCUGUACUGUGUCUGCGGCCCCUGUGCUCUCCCCUCUAAGCCUCUCUCGGCCCCUUUCUCAGAUCACCGCCACUGUGACAGACACUGCUGUGACAGAGACCAUUAAAACUACUCCCAAGGCAGCUGUUGGUCCAGCCCCCUUCUAAUCACUUAAUGUAUUUCAAUACCUACUCCCUACUAGAGAUAUUAGAGGCCUGAGUGCCUGACGGUGUGUCCGCCCUGACCCAGUAUUGUGGGGGGGGGUCCCGCCUGGUUCACUCUCCCACUGAGCCCAGCCUAGCCAGUCUGCUGCCUGCUCUACUCCACCACAGGCCGGGCAUAAGAGAUACCUAAUUAAGCAUAAAUAAUUAACAGGGGGGCACCCGAGAGAGAGAGGCAGAGAGACAUUCUUCCCCCUUGGCAUGCAUGGUUCAGAUCAUACAUGGUCCGCCGUGCACCAUGGAGACAGUCUCAUUCAUUAGCCUGAAUGAAGCCGUGAUCCUCGGAAUCUUGGGAUCAUUCGGGAUUCUGCUGGGGUUUUCAUAUGAUGUUUUGGGAUCAUUAGGAAAUGUAACAUUCUUGUCAUGUUUGUACUCCGGUUAGAUUUUCAGUGUUAACACUUUUCAGUGUUUUGAAUUAGUGUAAUUCUUUGUGUUAACACUUUUUAGUGUUUUGAAUGAAUGUCAUUUUCAGUGCUAACACUUUCCAGUGUUUUAAAUGAGGGUAAAUCAUUUUCAGUGUAAACACUUUUCAGUGUUUUGAAUGAGUGUAGGCCUAAAUAAUGUUGAUUUUGACCUCACUCUGCUAAUUUGGACUGACGGUAUGCUUGGAGAAAUGACUAAUAGCCUUGUUGUCUGGUACGUAUCAGUAUUACAUAGGUUCAUAAUAGUUACUGUUUCAGGUCAAUGAGUAACUAGCGUUUACAACUUGUCAAGCUGAGUGACAAGGCUGUAUUUCCCUGCUCUGAGACAUCCGAGUUCUCGAGUGCAAAGGUCAACACAAAGUUUAGUAGUCAUUGAUGAAAUCUAUGUCCUUGAACCAAGUUCUUUUUUUAGUUUUUUUUCCUUUUAUGCAUGAACUGUAAGAUGAAAGGGGAGAUCUGUGUUAAAUGGCCAUUGUUGAUAUCUCUAUGAUUCAUCAAUGCUAAUAGUUUGGUGUGGGUUCUUGUCAAGAACACAUGGGAGUCAUGAAUGACAUUUGCUCAGAGGUUUCAAACUCCUGGCCCAUGAGCUGCCUCUUUGUGGCCCGCGGGCCGGAAGUUUCAGAACACUGGCUUAAAUAGACUGCAAUACAUUUUUAUUUAAUUAGUUUAUCAAUAUUGCUAAUAUCUUUUUCUCUCCUUCCCCCUGCAACUCCCGCCAGGAUAAUGUGUUCCUAGUCAGCUUACCUGCUAAAAUAAAUGGAAAUACAUGUAGAUGUUAUCAUGUCACUAACGUCCUCUUCUUCUGUCCUUCCUCUCCUGUCUGUCUGUCUCCGUCAGCUGUGAGGGCGGACCGCAUGCGCGGCGGCCGCAACAAGUUCGGCCCCAUGUACAAGCGCGACCGGGCGCUCAAGCAGCAGAAAAAGGCACUGAUCCGCGCCAACGGCCUGAAGAUCGAGGCCAUGACCCAGGUGAUGCAGGCGGUGCCGACCGACCUCACCAUCUCCUCGGCUAUCCAGAACAUCCACCAGGCAGCUUCCAAGGGACUGCCGCUCAGCCACCACGGUCACCCGCACCACGCCGCCCUGCCCCACACAGACUACGACCGCAGCCCCUUCGUCACGUCGCCCAUCAGCAUGGCCAUGCCCCCCCAUGCCGGUUCCCUCCAGGGCUACCAGGCGGCCUACGGCCACUUCCAGAGCACCCGCACCAUCAAGUCCGAGUACCCGGACCCGUACACCAGCUCGCCCGAGUCCAUCAUGGGCUACAACCCGUAUAUGGACGCGUACCAGACGGGCUCGCCGCCCAACUUCCCGCACCUCAUCGUGGAGCUGCUGAAGUGUGAGCCUGACGAGCCCCAGGUGCAGGCCAAGAUCCUGACCUAUCUGCAGCAGGAGCAGGCCAGCCGGGGGAAGCACGAGAAACUCAACACGUUCGGCCUUAUGUGUAAGAUGGCCGACCAGACGCUGUUCUCCAUUGUGGAGUGGGCCCGGAGCAGCAUCUUCUUCCGCGAGCUCAAGGUACGUGGGGUCACUACACACAGACACCAUGUUGAAUUUUACACACACUCACACUGUAUACUGUAUGUCUGUUUUAAUUGAUCAUGUGCAUCAUUCAGAAGGUUUAACGUGCAUAUAGACAAACACUAGUCAAACACAUAAACAGUACAUCUGUAUUGUAUAUACAGUACAUUGGUUUUCUAUAUUUUCACAAUGUUUCACAUAAAUCAUUUUUAGUGGUUGCUAAACUACUGAUGAUGUGAAUGAAAUUAGAUAUGUUGGUUAGCUAACUACAAUAUACAACAAGUCAUGCAUAUUACACAUAUCAAACUCGGUCAUAUACAUGUAUUAUAUCUUGACAUUUUUUCUGAUGAAUAUACAAUAUAAUCGUUAUACCUACCCUCUUUCUGUGGCCUUGCAUAAUGCUCCUGCAUUUUGUCCAAGCGUUCAAUGUUACAACCCAAUGUUGUUAUCCAAAAUUGACAGUUUAACACACACACACACACACACACACCCCUGUGAACUCACUCCUCGUCAAACCCACCCUAAUAUUUAUCUUCACCCGCCUUUAAUCUUUCCCUUUUAUGUGUCCGCUCGAAACUAAUGCAAUGUGUACGAAGCUGAGAGGGAGGGCUACGGUGUAGCUUUAGCCGUCUAUCUCUCAUCCUGAUCAAAAUUCAGUAGCCAGCCCUAUUUACACGCUGUGACACAUUUCGGGUAUGGGUUAGGAAAACUUUGACUGGCCGCCUUCAGGCUCUUUUCAUUCAAAGCAGCGGGAUGCCCUGCUCUUGGAUUUGAUUUGGAUUUUGGAUUUAAUGUGCCCUUUUUCCCUGUAUCAUCUUUGAGAUCUAAGUAGGCAGGGACUGUAUGAAAAUAUUGAAAUACAAAUAAAAUAUGAUCAUAGGCCCACAAUGCAUGCAUCACAGCGGCAGAGGUCAAUGGAAAAUACUUGAAAAAUGCAGUCCAUAUGUCCCUAUUAUUAUUAAUGAUAAUGAAUUAAUGAAUUAUGAUAUUGAUAUUCUCAUCCUAUCAACCCAUUUAGUAGUAAUGCAUGCUUAAUUGAAGUAUUACAAUUUCAUUGAUAUGUUAUCGAACUCUGUUCCGAAAGCUCCGCUUUCAGUGAGGAUACUGCAGUAGACAGUUUUCCUGGCCAGUUUGGAGCCAAAGUAAAGUUUGGUUGACAUACUUUGUAGUGUUUUGUCAACCAAUCACUAACAGCUGCCCACCAAAACAACCCUAGAUGGCCAACGAUGAGUCUUCCUGUAAAAACCUGAUUAUUCCUCAUUUUUUUGUCCCUGAGAGGAACGGGGAAUGUUUCCAGCGUGGUUUCGUUUGCUCCGAGGUUUAUUUGUUCAGUAGAGAAGGUUAAUAUGCGGAGAGCAACAUGAAAAGGCUCUGAUGAGUCUGUGUGGAUCACCUGUUUUUCUUUAAUUCGCUUUCUCUGCCCCCUCUCUUAUCUCACUCUUUUGUCUGUUUACUCCGUAGCCAAAGGCAUGACUGCAUAUUAAUGUACUAGGGCCCCCAUUGCAGUCGUCUGAAUUUUUAGGGGAGGGAAAUAGAAAUGAAAUAUUCAACACAAUCCAAUUCUGUAUUCGGGGCAAGAGCUCUCAAAAACACGUUGACAUUUAUUACGCAGCCAAUCCCUAUUGACAUUGUCUAUAUCUGAAUUAGCAUCAAAUAAAAAUGUUUUAUUGUACAGUACUUCACUGAAUACAUGGAAUGGAGAGUCGGGUGUGGUUGUACAUGUUCUUUUGUCCAUUUAAGCCACUGAAUGAUCAUUGUGCAGUGAGUGGAGCAGCAUACCUCUCCAAACUCUCCAUUCGAAUUCAAUUACCUAUAUCCACUUGUAGAUGUCGCCCCUCGUUCACUUCAGAAUGAAAUAUCAUUAUGUCCAAGCUAAUGUCUGUCCAUAUUACUCAUAGACUUAAUUGGAACAGAGCCUCGGGUGUUAAAAUUGUGGAGAACGACCCCCGGUAAAUGUGGGGGCUAAUUCCUGUACCCAUAUUCCUGUAUCCGCCACCCCUUCUGGAGUGGGACGGGGGCACGUGGUAACAGGCGGGGCCACGGAGUGUGGGGGGGCGGGGGGUGCAUUUUUUACACUACCUCAUCUAGCUACUCUAGUUUAGACUAAAGCAGCUUGCCUAGCAGGGCUGAAGAAUUAUGUGCUAGCAGGCAGGCACUGACAGCUUUCACUGUACUCUAGACCCCACCCUCCUCUUGUUUCUAAUUAGUAGAUACUUGUUCAGCUAUUGUUGAGCAUAAAGCUUAGUGGUGGUGAUUGGAGAAAAGCCCUGUGUAGGCCCUGCAUUGUUUCCACAAGCGCUGGCAAAUUGGAGCUCUGCUAAGCUAAGGCAGCUACUGAGACAGUAGGCAGAGAGGCUUUGUGGGAUGUUGCCCCCCUGCAUUUUGGCCUUUUCAACACACUGACCCACACAUGCUACUGUAGGAAGAUAGAUGUCUAAAUUUACUUGUACUGUGUUUUCAUACUUUUUCAAUUAUUUAAAAUUGUGUUUUCAGACAAAUUUUCUGGUGAUUUGACUCAAUCUGUGUUCAUCAGUGUCAGAAUCAUAAAAUGUGUGUAUGCGUGUGUCCAUGUGCAUUUCUGCAAUUCACCAUAUCUCAGUGAGACAUUCAAAUACUACUACUGGUGAACUCUGUAGACCGCUACAUCUAAUAUAUAAAUAAUUUCAAAAUGAGGACGAGAGCGGGCGAUAAACACAGGAAAUACACAUGGAAUAAAAGCUGGUCUGAGACCCCGGCUCCGAGGGCACUAUAAAUACCCUUCCCUCUACAGGCCCCUAUCAUUAGCUUGGUAAGAAUAAAAUAAUUUCUCUGGUAAUGGAGCCAAGUGGUGAGAAGCUUCUGCCAAAAGUGUUUAAAGAUUUAGUUUCCAUAAGUUGGACCUGGUUACAGGAGUCAUAAAUAUUUAGCCUUUAGAUAUCACUGAAUAGAGGAGCCCAUUGUGUUGUUCUGCAACUGAGCAGCCGGAGAAGAAAGACACUUGGCCAAGAAUCGUUUCACAAUUCUCACACCUUUGGAUUAGAUCUUUAACUGUACUUUUAUGUAUCUUUUUUGGUUCCAGCCCUACCUACCUCAGUCUUAACUCGUUUCACAUUCAGACUUUUUGAAGCCAGGUGUCCUGGUUUGGUUAUUACUGUAGUAAAUGGUAAUAUGAGCGGGGAAAGCAUGGAGUUUUGGGAAGAGUGGCUUUUUACAUGUGAAUGUCAUUUUGGUAGCAAGUGUGUGUGUGUUUUAGCAGUAGCGUCCCUCCCUAUUAUUGCUGGGCUCGCUCUGGGCACAGAGGGAAACAGAUGUGUGGCUCACUGUGGCUAGCUGUCACUGAGGAGGUGGCACAGCAGGGUUAGCGUGUGUCUGUGACACUCCUCCCAUAGCCUGGCAAGCCUUUAUGCCAGGCACCAUUUAAUAAACACCCAAUCACACCAACCUGUGGCAUGUAAUGGUAAUAAAUUACUAAUUGACAAACGCAGUCCCUCCCGCUUAAGAGCUGGUUCCAACCAAUCAUUAGCCAGACUAUUAGUGUGUCUAUUCUCAGGGCCAAACUGCCAUUGGGUUCACAGGAACGAUCAGACUUACUCAUGCUGCGUGUGUGUGCAUGUGUGCAUGCGUGCGUCUGUGUGUGUUUACUAUAUGUGUGGCUUUGUAAAUGUGUUUCUGUGUAUAUGUCAGUUUGUCUGUGUCUGUGCGUGCAUGCAUGUGUGUAUGUCAGUUUGUCUGUAUGUGCAUGAGUGUGUGAAAAUGUAUGCACUCACUAACUGUAAGUCGCUCUGGAUAAGAGCGUCUGCUAAAUGACUAAAAUGUAAAUGUAAAUUGUGUGUGUCUGCCAUUUGCCGCUCUGCCCAUGAGCUGAGGAAUGAUUCAUACCGGGGUCCAUGGAGAGAACCACCUCGGCUCCUGGGCCUUUCCUCCAUUGUUCCAGGGAGAGGAUGCGUGAGCCACGCUUUUCCUCUAGCUCCCACCAACACAAUGGGACCGAAUUAAGUCUCCAAUUGUGGUUAUUGAUUCAUAUGUUUCUAUUAUGUUUCUAUUAUUCCUCCCAGCUUCUAGUCGUGUUUUUAUCCCCUGAUACUUAUACCCCCACUAUUAUUACGCUAUUAUUCCACCACAGAAUAAUUGUGUUGUGACAAGACAACUUACUUGUUUAUACUACAGUUAAAAUGAACCCGACACACGCACAUGCACGCACACACAAACACGCACUGUAACAUAACAAAUAGAUUUAGUCCAUCGACCUGAUAAAACUCAACUGGGCAAAGCCUAUGACGCUUUGACAUGUGGCGCCAAUAUUUAUUUUAGUCCUUUCACAUUUGUUCUGGGACAGCUUGGGCUUCAGGGUUCCUCUCCUCCGAGGUAAUGACGAUGACAAUACCAGACCUGCCGUUAAGUGAGGGGGGACUGUAUUAGGGCCUUGUUUCUGGGCCCAUACCCAGCUGUGCUGCCCUGGUCCUUAUUGGAUUAGCAGCUGGAGAGGAGAGGAGAGGAGAGGAGAGGAGAGGAGAGGAGAGGAGAGGAGAGGAGAGGAGAGGAGAGGAGAGGAGAGGAGAGGAGAGGAGAGGAGAGGAGAGGAGAGGAGAGGAGAGGAGAGGAGAGGAGAGGAGAGGAGAGGAGAGGAGAGGAGAGGAGAGGAGAGGAGAGGAGAGGAGAGGAGAGGAGCCUCAGUCUGCCUCU